GACUUUUGUACCCCAUAUGCAUCGCUUCCUCAGCAGGAAGAAAAUUCGUCAUCAUAUCUUCAUUCUCAACCAGGUGGAUCAUUACAGGUUUAACCGAGCAUCUCUGAUCAAUGUGGGUUUCCUGGAAAGUAGCAAUGACACAGACUACAUUGCCAUGCAUGAUGUGGAUUUGUUACCUCUCAAUGAGGAAUUGGAUUACAGCUUCCCAGCAGCUGGUCCUUUCCACGUGGCUUCACCUGAGCUGCACCCACUCUAUCAUUAUAGCACCUAUGUAGGGGGCAUCUUGCUACUCACCAAGCAACACUAUCGAAUGUGCAAUGGAAUGUCCAACCGUUUCUGGGGCUGGGGCAGGGAAGAUGAUGAAUUUUAUCGCCGCUUCAGAGCAGCUGGACUUCAACUCUUCCGACCCUCAGGUAUUACAAGUGGAUAUAAGACAUUCCAGCAUCUGCAUGAUCCAGCUUGGCGCAAAAGGGAUCAGAAGCGUAUUGCUUCCCAGAAACAGGAGCAGUUCAAGGUAGACCGGACUGGAGGACUGACUAACCUAAAAUACAGAGUAGAAUCACGCACUUCAUUGAGUGUGGCAGGAUCUCCCUGCACAGUUCUUAAUAUCUUGCUAGAAUGUGACUCCACUGAGACUCCCUGGUGUGCAUCUGGUUGAUGUGCCUUCUGUACAGAUUGGCU